CUGUGUGUGAGUGAAUUCAAUCAAGGGGGACGCGACGCACGAACUGAUCAAAUGAGGUGAAGCGAAGCCCUGGGGCUGAGCGAGUCCAACACACACACACACAUCAUGAUCCGUCCGUCCGUCCAUCAACCAUCACUUGACAGAUAAAUGGCUCUGCACAGGUGGCCGGCCGGCGCGUCACUAACAUGACCACAGCCAUUCAUUCAGCGCACACCAACACGCGACACACAGCGGGGACACAGACCUCUCGCCAGUCAGUGAAUGAGUGUGCCGAUGCCCGACUUGGUGCAGAGCUCCAUCAGCACGGCGUGCGGCACCCGGCCGUCCAGAAUGGCCACCCCACCCACACCCUUCUCAACGGCAUCCUGCGCCGUCCUGACCUUGGGGAUCAUCCCGCCGGAUAUCGUCCCGCCACCUAUCAGCCCGUCCAGCUCGCUCACGUGGAUGUCAUCAAUAAGACAUCUCUCGCCGUCGAGCACCCCAGGGACGUCCGUCAGCAGGAGGAAGCGCGCCGCCUUGAGCUCGGCCGCAAUGGCCCCCGCAGCCGUGUCGGCGUUGAUGUUGAAGGUCUCGCUCUUCUCGCCCACACCGAUUGGCGCCACCACAGGCACGUAAUGGCUCUUGCAGAGGCUGCGCAGGAGUGAGCUGUCGACGCGCUUGGGGGUGCCGACGAAGCCGAGAUCGAUCUCCUGCUGGUUGCCGUCGUCGCCCACAACGGUCUUGGUGAGCUGUUCGGCGAUGAGAAAAUGGUCGUCGCGCCCCGAGAGCCCCACCGAGCGGGCCCCUGCUGCCUUGAUGUCACUUACAAGGCCCUUGUUGACCGCUCCACACAGGACCUGCACACACACACGUGACGCGAGAGCUGUUUGUGGUCGGUAUGGGUAUCUGUGUUGUAGGCAAUCGAUUGGUAUCGGUUUGGCUGGCUGGCUGACCAUUUCGGUGACCCUCAGUGUGUCGGCGUCGGUGAUGCGCAGCCCCUCGACUCUCUUGGACUCGAUGCCCAGCUUCGUGAGAGUCUCGCUGAUCUGUGGUCCGCCCCCAUGCACCACCACCACGUUGACACCCGCCUGACGAAGGGCAGCCACAUCUCGGCAGAAACCCCGCUUGAGCGCAUCGUCCGUCAUGGCGUGGCCGCCGUAUUUGACCACCACAAACUGAUCUGGACGACGGCAGGGCGACACACGCUGAUGAGUUGAAUGAACGAAUCACCUACCCACCUCGGUACUUUGACGAGAACUCGAGAAACUGGCACAUGACCUCUGCUCGGAUCUCGGGCGUCAGCCGCUUGGCCUCUGCUUCCAAAUCAGACAGCGACGGCGCGUCAACGGCAACACUCGCCGCAACCACAGCCUGAGCCUGGGGCGAUGAAUCAACUCGCGCCCGGACAAACGCACCGCGACCUGAUGAAUGCACGCCUCUCAAGGCAGCCGAAGAUGGCGACGGCCUGACGAUGAAGGCAUUGCAAAGCCCCGUCCUCAACGCAGAGGAGCAGAGCAAGAUGCCCAGCCGGAGGCAUCGAUCAAACAGGGAUGCACCCCGGGCAUUCGGCCGCCUUGCCGCCCGUGCGGCACCCACUGAGGACACCUCCAUAUUGAGCACC